AUGACGGAUAUUAGCCUAUCAGUCCUGAUCGAUGAAUGGCUGCCCGUUUCCCCGCCGGCAGCCAACGCCACUGCCGCCGCGAGCUACGCAAACGACUCAAACCAGAUCGUCGCUUCUCACCCCGCCACACUCGCCAGCGGUCUCUCCUCCCCGCCUGCCAAAGCGGCCGGCACCGGCGGCAGCGGAGCGACGGCGAGAAAGCGCCGUCGUGAGGCGUUGGCGGGUGCGGGCAAGCAGCCGAAGCGGCCGAGGGGGAAGAAGGAGAAGGCUCCGUUGACCGAGUCAACUGCCGCAACCGACGGUGAGCGGAUGCAAGUGGACGUGUUCAAUGCGAGCGACUCGGAUCCUUGCGAUCGCUCUGAGAGUGCUCCUUCGUCACCCACUCCCUCCGCCUUCCCGCGCGGCGGACUAACUGCGCAGCGCAAGCGCGGCGGGGAUUCGGCCAGCCUCGCGGCGCAGACUCCCGCGCCGAUGAAUCUUGAAAGCCCACGCGCCAAUCGCGGCGCGAAACAGAAGACAGAUGUUGUUGUCGGGCAGCCUCUGGUUAAAAUGUUGGUGCAGCGACGUUCGCUACUGCCUUCGCCAGCGCCCAUCUUUCGCCAAACGCUCGGAGAGCUUUGGAGCUUUCUUGACCCCACGUUCAGUGCCUCCGAACCUGCUUCCAGCCCUGAGCAACAACCUACCACGUCCGGCCGGAGCCAGAGCUUCAGCCUCGGGCAGGAAGCAACCACCAGCGAGCCGCCUACUCCGAGCGCGCAGAGCUGCUUCCAGCGAGGCCCUGCGGACGCGGCGGUUGCGGCGACGGAUACGGCAGGAGCGAAUGCUGCGGGAUCUGAGGGCGGCGCGCAGACCAGCGGCGGUUCGGCAGAUGCGGAAGAGGGGUCGCUGGACUCAGUGAUUGGCGGCGGGAAACGCGGAGCGUCAAAGGCGGCGUCAAUGUCGGCGUCCGCGAGAGCGCGCAGCGGCGGGGGCGCGAUUACGGCGAGGCAGGUGGCGGUGUUGCGGGAGGCGGUAGCCGCGGCUCACACGGCGGGAAGGGCGGUCGUCGCGCCCGCGGGAAGCUCCGCCGCGGAUGGGGGGGCUUCGAUGGGCCAGCAGGGCGCGGGAGACGGCGGGAAGCGGCGCGCGCGAAGGCCGUUCUCGCGGCAGGGCAGCUCCAACGCGCCGCACGUGGCCGCGCGCGACGGCAAGGCGGCGGGCGCGCGUGGCGCGCAGAGGGAGGGCGCGGAUGGCGCGGAGGUGGCGCGAGGGGAAGCAGCAACGCCGGGACGGCCUCUGGGCUCCGCCGCGACUUCUGCUUUCGCCUCUGCUGCUGUGCCCCCUCCUGCUGCUGCUGACCUGUCAGCGUCCCAUGCUGACGUGUCUGCGUCCCAGGCUGACCUGUCUGCUUGCGAAGCUGGCGCCCCUCCCGGUUCGCAUGCACCUGCGCCUCUCUCUCCCCCUCCCGCACGUCCUACCUCCCCACCCUCACCCGCCUCCUCACUCCCUCUCGCCGCCCCUUCACUCCCCUCGCCCAUCUCCCCACCGCAACCACGCCCUCACAUGGACGGCAGCAGCAGCAAGAGCCUGCUGGCCGAGCUCUCGUUAGAGUCACCAGCUCUAGGCCCACAGGCCCCCUCGUUUGAAUCACAACUGUAUGAAUUGCCCAACUGGAGCGGCUCUCCAGAUCUCUCGUUACAGGCACACUCUAUGCAGUCACUGUGGACUGACGAAGGCACUUCGGACCUCCCACUCAUGCCUCUGGCCUGCGGUGGUGAGCAAGGCUCGGGCGUCUCGCCGAACUUGCUGCCGAGCCUGGAGUGGCAGACGCCCUCAGGUUUGGAAUCCAGGGAACAGGUCGAGGUGGACUGGGCUCGCCUGCCGGACCUGGACGAGCUGCCGAGCCCCUCGCCUCCGUUUCCGAACCUGGAUCCGAGCCUGACGCCGAGGCUGCCCGCCAGUCUGGAUGGGGUGGCGAGCCUGGCAUACUGUGAGCAAGGGGGAAUCAGCACGGAGUGGCGACCAGUGCAAGAGCAACAGCAGCAGCCCGACCCGCAAGAGCAAGAGCAGCAACGGCAGGAGGAGGGCCUUGAGGAGUGGACACAACCACAUGGCUUUGAGAUAAUUUCUGGGAAUGGGGAUGGAAGAGCGGAAGGCGUGGUGGAAGGCGGCAUGGGAGAGGGUGGUGUGGGUGCAGAGGCCCACGAGGCAGUGGUGAGUGCGGUGCAGAGAGGUAUGACAGACGGUGGUGAGCGGUGGAGUGCACACGAUGGGGGUCCUCUGGGAGAGCCUGGUCUGCCUGAAAGUGCACCGAUGACCCAGCCCUGCUUCCUGAUUGGCCAGUCCCAGCCACUGCAGCCAAUGAGUGCGGAGGAGGCUGCCAGCGUGGCACCAAUGGACUUCGAGGCAGCUGCCAGCGUGGCAGUGAGUGCAGAGCUGUGGGACUCGCCUCACACCAUGAACGCCAGUGGCCUGGAGGGGAUGGAAGGUGAGGAGGGAGGAGGAGGAGUGUGGGAGGAGCUGGACGUGGUGGUGUGCGGUGUGAAUGGAGUUAUGGGGGGUGCUGGUGAAAUGGAGGACGGGGGCGAGGGGGCGAGAAGGGAGUGGGACCUGGCUUCGGUGGUGCGCGAAUGCACAGCGGCCUGCCUCUCCCCCACGCCACCCACCACUGCUCCCCUUGCUGCCAUUGCACCUCCUCAACCUCCCGCACUCACCGCCCCUCUCGCCUGCCUGCCUGCUGCUGCCGCCUCUCCACCCCCCAGCAGCGGUGGCAGCGUUGGCGGCAGUUGUGCAAGGCGGGCUCUGAGCUGCAGCAGCCUCUCUCUCGCUCGCUCUCGCGACCCCACCCGCCCUCCGCUCGACCGCACCCUCAGUGGCAGGGUGCUGGCAGCAGCACUGCAGACGCAGUCACAGGGAGCAGCGCACUCACCGCACAGAGGGCGCAGUGGCAGCAGCGGCAAUUUUGGCAGUGGCGGCAGUGGUGGGCAGGGGGUGAAGGAGCAGGAGGGGGUGGUGCAGCUGCUGUCGCGUGUGGCGACCGUGGAUUGGGAGGAGGUGCGGCGGCCCAUGUCCCGGGCGGCACAGUCCAUCCAGUGCCACUGGGCUCGGCGCCGCCUCAGCUCCACCAAGCGCUGGGGGGAUGUACCCGUUUUAAGCCUCCCCGAUUCAAGCGUGUCGGAUGGCAGUUUGCAGGAAGGGGCGAGCAGGGUGAGGGGUGAUGGGGCAGGAUGGGGGGUUGGUGGGGAUGGGGGACGGGGAGGAGUGGGGGCGGCAUUGAGUGGAGUUAGUGACGUGUCUGCUGGGGCAGGGUCUUGUGUGAAGGGGGUGUGA